UACAGAUCUUAGCAACGGCAGUGUUCGCUCUUGUUUCAGUUUGCCGGAUCGAAUUUCAGGAGCAAAUCUUCCAUACUGUUCCGACGAAACCACCAGCUUUCCGACGAUGGAUUCCGUCCAGAUGAUAGCCCACAUCGAAAAGUCGCUGGACUAUUCCGUAUUCGACGUCAAAUGGAUACCCUGCACGGCCAAGUUUGUGGUGAUGGGAUCGAAACCGAAAGGAACCGGAAUACUGCAGAUCUACGAACUGAACCGGGGCGAGUUGGACAAAGUGCGCGAGAUUGAAAAGCCAAAGUCAUUCAAAUGCUGCUCGUUCGGGGCUUCCGGACUGCGUGAGAAGCAGUUGGCCACGGGCGAUUUCAUGGGUAAGUUGGCGAUAUACAAUGUGGAACGGUUAGAACAGCCAGUUUAUGAAGUGCCUGAAGCGCAUGCCGGGAUCAUUAACUCGCUGGAUGCCAUUGGAGGAACGACGGUGAAUUGUGGAGCACCAGAAAUCGUCACCGGAGGAAGGGAUGGUUCGGUGAAAGUUUGGGACCCGAGACAGAAAGAUGCCCCGGUGGCGCACAUUAGUGCCCUGGGGGAUGGUCCCGCCGAAAAGCGCGAUUGCUGGGCUGUAGGCUUCGGCGAUUCCUUCGAUUCUCUUGAACGAUGCGUAGUAUCCGGUUACGACAACGGCGACGUUAAGCUGAUUGAUCUACGGGUGAUGAAAGAACGUUGGACCACCAACGUAAAGAACGGCGUUUGCGGAAUCGAAUUCGACCGCAAGGACAUCAAAAUGAACAAACUGGUCGUCACAACGCUGGAGGGAGGCCUGCACGUGUUCGAUAUGAGGACCCAACAUUCCGAGAAAGGUUUCGCACAGCUGACGGAAAAGGACGCGGGACAGGCCUUGGGCAGCAAUGGGGUCAUUAGUGGUGCCAAGUCGACCGUUUGGACCGUUAGACAUUUACCGCAGAAUAGAGACAUUUUCGCUACCUGUGGAGGAGCUGGUAAUAUUCGGGUGUGGCUUUACCACUAUCCCGAAAAACGUACGAAAUCAACCUCCACCGGGGAAGAACAAGGUGUUGUCGGUUCCCUAGAGAUGUUAAAUGCCACUACAAUCUCCACUCAGCCGGUUCACACGUUCGAUUGGAGUCCCGAUAGGCAAGGCUUGGCAGUAUGUGGAGCGUUCGAUCAAACUAUUCGAGUACUGGUAUCAACUAAUUUGCACCUGCAUUGAAACAGCUUUAAAUAUAGAAUAUAUUUUCCUAUUCGAUCUUCUUCUUAGUUACAACAAAAA